GCUGUUGUUGUUCUUAGUGUAACAGUUUUAAUUGUUAUUUUUGUUAGCAUGGUUGGAGAAAUUCAGUGUCAGUCUAAUGAUUGCACGUCGGUUAUUGUUAGUCUCUCGCCGUGCCUGAAUUAUAUAGAUGGGCAGUCGGACACUCCAACGGUGCCGUGCUGUACUCAGUUGGCGUCGGUGGUGAAGUCGAAUCCGGAAUGUUUGUGUGAAGUGCUGGAUGGAGGAGGUGCUUCUGUAGGGAUCAAUAUUAAUACAACUAGAGCUUUGGAAUUGCCUGCAGCUUGCAAUGUUACUACUCCACCAGUUAGCGAGUGCAACAGAACUGCUGGUGGACCGGUUACUCCUCCUACAGGUGGUGGACCAAGUGGUGCAGUUUAUGCUGCUCAGAUGACCGUUUCUUUUGCUCUAUGCCUUCUUGUUGCGGCAUCUAUCUUGCUUCCCCACAACUCUUAUUUUGAGGCUUGACAGAACAUUAAUAUAUGUGUGUGUAUCUGUGUUUGUAACUUUGUAUGUCCGGUUGUCAUGUAGUGUCUGUCCUAAUUAAGCAUUUGUGCUUGAAAACAUGUAAAAUUUUUAUGGUUGUGGUCCUUCAUAUCACUUUUCUUUAUGCUUGUAAAAGGAAUAUAUAUAGUUUGUUGUCAUCUGGAAGAAGAAAGUAUUGUCAGGAACAUGUAUAAAAGUAGAGUUACUUUUCCGAUA